AUGUCCCUCAAAGUCGGCAUCGCAGGCCUCGGCCGCAUGGGCGCCCGUCACGCCCUGCACUUCCACAACUUCACCCCCAGAGCCCAAGUCAUCGCUGCUUCAUCGCCGCGGCCAGAGGAGCUGGAAUGGGCGCACAAGAAUCUCGUCGGCGCGACCACGUAUGCAGACUUUGACGAUAUGUUGAAUGCGCCUGGUUUGCAGGCUGUUGUUAUUGCGUCUGCCACCAGUGUGCAUGCCGAGCAGGCCAUCAAGGCGAUUAAGAAGGGACUCCAUGUGCUGUGUGAGAAGCCAUUGAGUACGAGCAUUGAAGAGUCCCAAUCUGUGGUCGACGCCUACCGCACCUCCAUCAAAACCCACCCCUCCCAAAAAGUCAUCUGCGGAUUCUCGCGCCGCUUCGACGCCUCCUACCGCGAUGCCUUUGACAAAAUGACCGACGGCACCAUCGGACGUCCCAGCGUCUUCCGCUCGCAGACCUGCGACAAGCUCGACCCGAGCGGUUUCUUCGUCGAGUACGCCCAGUUCUCGGGUGGGAUUUUCGUCGACUGCUCGAUCCACGAUAUCGAUCUGGCGCUGUGGUUCUUUGGUGAAGAUUCGACGGUCAAGUCGGUCUCUGCGGUGGGUAUUACUGCUGUCUCGCCUGAGUUGCGCAAGUAUAACGAUCGGGAUAAUGCGUUUGGCAUCAUCGAGUUCUAUGGGGGGAAGAUUGCGCAGUUGUUCUGUAGUCGGAUGAUGGCUGCGGGUCAAGAAGACUGCACCGAAAUCACCGGCACCAAAGGCAAGCUGGCCGUCAACACCCAGCCGGCCUCGAACCUGGUCAACAUCUACGAACCAACCGGUAUUCGCCGCGAAAUCCCACCCCACUACUACGGGCGAUUCAGAGAAGCCUUCAUCACCGAGGCGAACGAGUUCACGGCCUGCUGUCUGGACGAUACCGAGCCGCCUAUGCGGGUUGAGGGGGCUGUUGCUGCUGUUCGCAUUGGCUGCGCAUUGCAGGAGAGUCUGAUUACAGGCAAGAAGAUUGAGUUUGAUGAGCGGGGAGAGAGAAUUGAAAAGGCUAGAAUUUAA